CCCAGUCCGUUUGUCUCUGCUUUCUCCUUCACUGUGUCCUGCUAGUCUACACAGUCUAUGGUCCCGCUGCACCGAACAGCGUUGUGAAAUUCUGCACGCUCCGCCCCAUAAAUAAAGAGACAUGGCAGAGAUAAGAAUGGAGAGUAUGGUGCAGCAGGACAAGACAGAAAAAGGCAAGCAGGCAGAGAACAAAGGCCACUGUGUGACAUGUCAGCACCACGCACCCAAGGGACAUGGCACAAUGGCCGUCCCUCCUGCAUACGCAGACUUGGGGAAAUCUGCCAAAGACAUCUUCAACAAGGGCUAUGGCUAUGGCCUUCUCAAGUUGGAUGUUAAGACCAAGUCCCAGAAUGGUGUUGAGUUUACCACCUCAGGCUCCAGCAACACCGACACCGGGAAGUCAGGAGGCCACCUGGAGAACAAGUACAAAGUGAAUGAGCUGGGCCUCAACUUCACCCAGAAGUGGAACACAGACAAUACUCUCACCACAGAAAUCACCAUCGAGGACCAGCUGGCUAAGGGCCUGAAGCUCAGUCUGGACACGUCGUUUGUGCCAAACACUGGCAAGAAGAGUGCCAAACUGAAGACUGGCUACAAGCGUGACUUUGUCAAUGUGGGCUGCGACCUGGACUUCGACAUGGCCGGUCCCACCGUCCACGCAGCUGCUGUGCUGGGCUACGAGGGCUGGCUGGCUGGCUAUCAGUUGGCUUUUGACACUGCCAAAUCCAAACUGACCCAGAACAACUUUGCCUUUGGAUACAAGGCCAAUGACAUCCAGCUUCACACCAGCGUUAACGAUGGCACAGAGUUCGGUGGCUCCAUUUACCAAAAGGUGAACAGCAACUUGGAGACAGCGAUCCAUCUAGCCUGGACAGCUGGCAGCAACAACACACGCUUUGGAAUCGGAGCGAAAUACCAGCUGGAUAAGGAUGCUUCCCUGGCUACCAAAGUUGACAACGCCUGCCUAGUUGGAGUUGGAUACACACAAACCCUCAGGCCAGGAGUGAAGCUCACCCUCUCAGGUCUGAUUGACGGGAAGAACGUGAACGGCGGUGGACACAAAGUUGGCAUGGGUUUUGAGCUGGAGGCGUAAAACAGAUUCAGCGGGAGGACAGACCAGAAGACAGGAAAGCAACACAGGAGAAGAAUAAAGAGCCCAAAUGUGAAAACACCGCAAAAGGUCCACUCAGCAACACGUAAACACAUCUACCCUCUGAGUCCUACACACAGAUACACACACAGAGACAAACCUUCUUUGGCCUUAACCAUGAAACCCCAUGCAGCCUCCAAGACCUCCAGUACUGUAAGUUUAAAGUAAUCAAGCAUUCAUUUGUGUUGGUUAUUUUUAAAAUUUACCAUUAUUUAAAGGUCCCACAACCUACUUUUGAGCAUAUAUUACCAGAAUACAAAAGAACAAGGCAAUUGAUGCAACACACUCCAAAUAAUGUGCUACUUAGGACCAGUUUGAUCAGACAAAGUGCACUUUUAAUAAAGCAUUUGUGUCUCAGAUGUAGCUGAUGAUUUGAAGCACCUCUUAACUUUGACUGUGUUGUCAGCUCAUGUUUGUUCAGAUAUACUCUGGGUUUUAGACAUUCAUAGGAUUAUUAAAGGAUGAUUGUUUUUGGUAUAUUGUGGGUUUUUUUUGCAUGCUAUCAAGGCUGGAGGGAAGUUUUUCUGUACAGUGACUGUAAACAGAUGCAAUAAAAGCUGGAGAGAAUUAAGCAGAAAGAGCGGCUGAUCCUUCUCAGACUGAGUGGACUGACUUUGAUUCCACUUUCUGACCUCAGUAACAGUUAUAAACUGUGGACCUUCAGAUGCCUAAAUGUCUAUUUUCAGGUCCUGUUUGGUAAAAGGGCUGAUGGAAAUCUGUGUCACCUCUUUGUCUUGUCUAGUUUAGUCUCCUGUACCCUUUCAACCUUUACCACUACAUUUCACUUUAUCUGUGCUGUGCUUUGUAUACCAGAGAUAGUCGGACCUCAAACUGAUUUUAUUGAAUUAAUGGAAUAAAGAUUGUUAAACACUG